AGAAGCCACUUGACCAACCGUCAACAACCCUUUUAAUCUGUGGUUCAGUUGGCUAACUAAUUUACCUGGCAGGGGAUGAACUGUUUUACAAAUGCUUGACAAUAAAAUAGUAAAGUUAUACCUAAGGGAAUUGUUAACAGAAUGGCUGCGACAGAUGAAACAUAUUUGUGGAGAGAGAAGAUUGAGGAGAAGCUCAAACGGGUAACGUUAGGCUCGCUGGCUAGUUACAGUAGCUAGCGUUAGCAAAUCAAGUUAUCCAUGAACUAGGACUAACGUUAGCAGUUGUAGCUUGCUAGUAACGCCUGGGUUAGGGUGUCAAUCAGACCACACAAUGGCUAGUGAACACUUCACAUGUCUGUCCUAAUAUUAUAUGACAUUGCUUGCUAGAGUAGUAGACUUACUAUUAACGUUUUGACUAUUUGUAUGAGGACUCACUGUAGCCUCAUUAAAAGGGACAAUAAUAUUCGCUAUAGGAAGAGCUAACGUUAGCCAAAUUAGAUUAAACUAGCUAGCUACCAAUCCGUUUUCUUCUCAAGGAUCAAGAUCUGCUGACAUUCGUUAGCGACAGCCUUAAAAGAAGUGAUCAACUGACUAAAGGCAUGGUGUCCAUUCUCUCAUCGUUGGAGGGCCGUUUGGAGCACCUGGAGAACUCGGUCGUUCCCAUGCACGAAAGCACACAGAACCUGUUGCAGCUGAAGGGGACAAUGCAGAAGACAUUAUUCUACCUGGACGAUGCCAUCGGCCAUUACCAAGCCGUCCGAGACACAGACAAGAUCAUCAUACAGGGGCCUACAGGAAGACUUUCUGACUAUCUAGCCUGUGUUCACCGACUCAAGAAAGCAGAGGAGUACUUUCAACAGGAAGACCCGGACGGGCCUGAGCUGAAUAUGCUGAGAGGCCGUUUAGAGAGUGCCAAGUCACAGCUGGAGUCCCAGUUCCAAGUCCUUUUGGGGCGCUACAGCAAGCCAGUGCAGACAGUCACAAUCCUGGAUGUCCUGGCCAAAAGGUCACUGAAUGGGUCUGCAGGCGGAGUGGAGGAGGUACAACUCAUACCCCAAAGUAGGCUUCAGGACAUCAUCUCCAUCUCUACCUGGCUGAUAGGUGAGGAUGCAGCUCUGACAGCUAAGAGGAGAGUCUCUGCCAGCAAAUUCAAAACACGGUCACUGGAAAGAAACCCAUCCUACCACUCUCUGGGAAAAUUGGAGCCCAGCAGCUUUUUCACCAAGAAGUCCUACUGCUCCAAACUCAAAACACAGUCUCUAGGCAGAAAGCCAUCAAUAGAAAACAAGCCAUCAAUGGACUCUCUUGGAAAACUGAAAGCAAACAGCUUGUUCACCAAGAUGCUCGGCCUGAAGUCAUUUGGUAUAUUCAAAACGCAGUCCCUGGACAGAAAGCCAUCACUAGACAAGAAUCCAUCACUAGACUCCCUCGGAAAACUGGAAUCCAGUAGCUCUUUCACCAAGGUAUCCACCUCGAAGCCGUGCAGCAGACUGAAUAUUCCCCAUAUUAGGCACCCAUCUUUGGAGUCCAUCCCAUUUCUGCCUAGAGACUCCACCUCCCAUACCUUCCCAUCCUGCAAACCCAAGCCCCCAGCUUCCACCUCCUACAUCCUUCCAUACUUCAGACCCAAGCCCAGCUCAGCCUUUGACAUCAAGGCCCACUACGCCAUGGUGCGCUCCAAUCAGUUAGACUGCUCCAUGAAGGGUUUGAAGGACCACAAGAGUAGGAACCUCCUCUGCCCGGUGCUGCAGAGCAAGCGUGUGGAUUCUGCCGUCAAGAAGAACAAAAAAACAGGGCGGGACAGCAUAUUAGACAAUGAGACCUACAUGGCCUGCAUCACAGCCUUCUUGUCCCUGGCCAAGAGUGAAUACACCAUGGUGUCCAAAGUCUUCCCUCUGAACUGCUCCAAUACCUUUGAAACUCUCAUCCAGGUGGCUCUGAACCAGCUGAUCCAGAAUGGGGAGAACAUUGUGUCCUCUGUCAGACGAGCCUGUUCACGUCACGACUACACAGCCCUCGUCACCAUGUUACCUGUCCUGGGCCGUCUCCUGGAGGAGGACAAAGAGUUUAACACAUUACUAAAGUGCACAACAAGCGGCACCUUGGCCAAGCUUUCCAAACUCCUUACAUCUAUGAAGACCCUGGCAGCCAGAGCACUGAAGGAUUUUUCUGCUCACGUCAAGAGCAACCCUGAUAGGGAGAGUAUGUCCAAGGAUGGAACGGUUCAUGAAUUCAACAGCAAUACAAUUCUAUUCCUGCAGCAGUUGCUGCCCUUUGCAUAUGCUGUUCGGUCCAUCCUUUAUCCUCAUGAUGUAGACAGUGACACAGUAACUAUGGAGGUGUCCAGUAGUGUUCAGGUGGACGUUCAACAUGACACUGAUGCAGAUGAAUCAGAAGAACAGCCAUCAGACAGUCAGGAGUCCAAGGGGAAUGAAAAUCAGAGAGCACUGAGUCCUUAUGUCUGUAAGGUGCUGGAGCAUCUCCAGUACAACCUACAGAGUAAGGCCAAGGUGUACGAGGACCACGCUCUCGGGGCCAUCUUCCUCCUCAACAACUACAACUACAUCCUCAAGUCAAUGAAGAAGUCAUCUCUGUUUGAAGUGGUUAAAACCAGCGGCAGGGAUCCGGAGGUUGAGUACGGGGAACUGAUUGAGCAACAGAAGCAGGCGUACCAACACAGUUGGUUGAAGGUGACCGAGUGCCUGACUGAAAAGAAUCUGCCCACCUUUAAGCCAGGUGACAAGUUGAAAGAAAAAGACUGUCAGGUGAUUAAAGACAAGUUCAAGAGCUUCAACGAGGGCCUGGAGGAACUGUCUAAGGCUCAGAAGGCGUGGGCCAUCCCAGACAGAGAGCAGCGCCAGGCCAUCUGUCAGGCCCAGAGAGAGAUGGUGUCCAAAGCCUACACAGCCUUUCUGCUGAGAUGUGACCAUGCUGAUUUCUCCAAACACCCUGAGAGUGACAGAUUAAAGAUCAAAUGGCGUAGCUGGCCAGACCAGCGUACACGCAAGACAAAUGAUGGUAACAAGAAAAUAUGCUGGGAAAGACGUCAACUGCAUGCUCUAACUGCAGCUAAGGCAGCGAGUCUUUGGACUUGGAGAGGCUGCAGGGCCGGAGAGUGCCACAUUUAGCCAGACGUGUGAGCACCAUAGACUGCAACGUGCUCAACACCAGGAUGACCAAACAGAAACAGAAGUGCUUUCCUAUGGAGAACAACGAGAGAGAGAGAGAUGUGUGAGUGUUAUAUGGUGGCAGAGAGGUCCUGUAUACAUGAAACCGACAUCAGUACGCUGCUAACAGUAUAGCUUCCUUUACUGUCCCUGUAACAUACCGGGCUGGAAAUAGUGAAACUCUGCUCGCAACGGAUCAAUAGGAUCACUGUUGCUGUUCAGGAUCACUGCUCCCAAACACAUGUGACCGUUUUCCUUGACAACAUACCACACAAUUGAGGUACAGAAAAAUAUCAAAUUUGAUAGCUCCCGUGGCGACAUUUCAAGCUAGCUGUGAAAUAAGCUUAUGGAACGUUCUUAACUCUGUUACAUAAACACCCGUUACAACAAAAUGCUGUUUCAUUCUGGUGCAUUACACACAGGACACUCACGGAUGAUGGGGCUGCACUGGCCUCCUCCAGGCAGUAGGUCGUUGAGGAUGAUGAGGAACAUGAUGAAGCUGAGAACCAGUGUAACCUUGAAUGAGAUACGCUCGCCCCCUCCCAGCGGCAGGGCGAAGCUCACCACAUCUGACACAAUGAUCAGUAUACUGGGCAGGACCAGGGACAGAAAUGGGUUUUCGGACCGCAUUUUCAGCGACACCUGUGAAGACAGAUGGGUAGGCAAGAGAGAAAUAAUUUGUUUUCGAGUACUUGCAUCUAAACGUAUAGCAUUUGUUUAAAGUUGAAAGGGAAGAGCAUUACAUUCCAAAAUCAGACAGAUGUUUUCAGAACUCAAAAGAAGCCGUAUGUCAAUGAAUCCUGGGAUGAGUAUGUAUGGAUCUACACAAUAGAUAGCCUGGGAUGAGUAUGUAUGGAUCUACACAAUAGAUAGCCUGGGAUGAGUAUGUAUGGAUCUACACAAUAGAUAGCCUGGGAUGAGUAUGUAUGGAUCUACACAAUAGAUAGCCUGGGAUGAGUAUGUAUGGAUCUACACAAUAGAUAGCCUGGGAUGAGUAUGUAUCUCAACGGAACACUACUUAUGAAAGGUAUGAAAAUAUCAGAUACAUUUUUAUUUAAGUGUAUUGUAUUUUUUCGGUGUAAAUGUUUAAGCUUUCCACUUAAAAAUAGGAAGAGUAAAGUAUCUUUACAUGUCCCCCCCAAAAAACUACUGAAAUCACCAGGAGCACUCACUAACCCAUAGAUAGUUGCGAUCAUCUCUGCCUCCUUUAGCAUCGAGUUUCACGUUCUCGGUAAGCCAGUCCCCGCGGUUUGCACUAGUUUUGCUCACUUUCCCAAAGUUCAGGAACAUGCCACAUCCUGGAAAGGCAGACAUUUGAUACUAGUUCAGUCAUUCAAAGAUCAUACCAUAGUUUAUAUCAAAAACCAUAGCUUCACACCCUCUAUUGUUUCAGGGGUGUAAAGAUUGACAUUUUUUGUUCGGUUCAUUUUUUGUUUUGGUUUUAUCUUGGUUCUCAGAAGAGGGUGGAAAAACGACAUAAAUUAAAAGAUUUUUUAAAAUCAUUUCAAUUUAUCUAUAAUAAAGAUGUGAACAUUUUGAUCCCUACUUCAGUGGUGGUAGCCUACUGUAACACAUAUCUCAGAGCCACUUUGGUGAAACAACCUCACGUUUAGAUCCAUAAGAAGCUGUUUGGUUCAUUCUGGCAGCCAUAUCCAAACAGAACGUCUGCAAAUAUUGACUCUUUGCAUCAACAACAUGUAAUUGUCAAUAAAAGCCUUUGAUACUUAUAAAUGCUUGUAAUUAUACUUCACUAUUCCAUAGUAACACCUGACAAAAAUAUCUAAAGAUACUGAAGCAGCAAACUUUGUGAAAAUGUAUAUUUGUGUCAUUCUCAACUUUUGGCCACAACUGUACAGUAGAUUACUAAUGGGGGUCGCUGUGUUGAAGCCAACGUGCCUCCGUCUUGACACUCCCCCCACCAUUGUAUAAAAUAAAAUACAAAUGGAAGCAUUUA